GCGCGACAACCGCCGCAACUGCCAGCAGGUGUACACCUCCUCGCCCAGCAAGCGGCCCGCCAGCGAGCAGGAGCGGCAGGAGAUGUACGAGAUCAGCCCGUACGCGACGUUCAGCAUGUCGGGCGGCGCGAGCGGCGGCGCGGGCGCGGAGCUGGGCUCGCCGCCCGCGCCGCCCGCGCUGCGCUCCUUCGCGCACAAGCACCGCCACCAAGACAACACAGAUGAAUACACGUUAUCGCGCGCCAUGACGCUGAUGGUGCGGCGCGCGGAGUCCGACUCCGACUCCAGCGGCUCGCCGUGCGCCGAGUGCACCUCCAGCGCGUCCUACAGGAUGCCGGUGCUGCCCUCCAAAGAGGAGGUGUUCCGCGCGGUGACGGACUCGAGCGCGGAGUCUGCGUGCGCGGAAGCACGGCGGCCCGACAAGGCGCGCCGCCGCCCGCGCCGACACCACACGCCCACCAACGCCAGAUAUCAACAGCGGCAAGAGCAAGAGAGAAGAGAUUUCACGAUACACGUAUAAAAACUAUGACAAUAAAGACUGCUAAAAGCAAAAUAAUGAACUAUUAAAAAUGUUACUUAGAUAAAUUUUAUCGUUUUAUGAGAAGAGACUGCAUGGCGCAGCGUACCAAACAAUGAAACGAAUGGGUGAAUGGUAACCAUUUACACAAAAAAAUAUUAUCAUUAUUUUAUACUUUUGAGCUAAUAAAUGCUCCUAUUCGUUUCCACUGUUUCUUACACUGAGGCGUGCAGUCUAAAAAUGUUUGUAAAUAUUUUUAUGGGUUUUGUACAUUCGGAGAAACGUCGCGGCCUAUUUGUAAAAAAUGAAAUUGGACAAAAUUCUUACUGAAAAUAUUCCACAUUCAUUCGACAGCUACUAGAAAUACCGAUAGGUACGUUGACACACUCGACUAUGAAAGGUCUCGUAGUUAUUUAAUUCUUAUUUUAAAGCUCGUUUCAAGUUACUUUAUCUAUUAGCUCAAAAGGUCUAAUAAGACGAUACGAGAACUAAAG